CUUCUCGUGGAGCUCAUUUAGAAGCGGAUUGUGAAGCGUCUCGGACUUCUCUUCUCUCUCCAAACAGUCGGCCAAGAUGGAGGCGUGCAUCAACAAACCAGAGGUGAAGAGGAAGCCGAAGCCGCCCAAACCUCCCCCGAAGCCUCCGCAGACCAGCAGAAACGACCCGGCGAACUGGAAGAGGCCGACCCCUCCGGUGCCCCGGAGGCCUUCUGAGGACGAACUGAUUCAAACACAAUAUCGGAAGCAAAGAGCAGCAAACAAUGAGGCAAAUGGGAACGUGAUGCAAAGUCCUGUGAUUCCACCCAGACCCACAGAAAAGGAACAAAAAGACGCAACGACCAGAUACAGUCAUCACAAGAGGAGCCAGUCUGAAGUUCUCAGUGAUGAAGUGGACCUUAAACAGAUUGACGAUCGCUUCGUCCGGACGGGAAUCUUUCACCGGAGCCAGAAGGCGAAAACGCCCUCGUUCACCAGUCACCUGAUCAACGACAACGACAACGGAAAAAGAGACGAUGUCCCGACCAAACCGACGCCUGGCAUCAAUCCGGAUCCCAGCGCGGAGGAAAGGGAACAAGCCGCAGAGAGAAGGAAGCAGGAAAGGAAUGCAGACCCCAAACAGGAUAUCGGAGGUCUGCUCGCCGGAAUGUUCCGGAAGACGCCCAAAGAGAAAACGAGCCCCUCUGUGAUGGUGAGCGAAGCAGGUGAACCCGAAGACGCAGCAGAACCAGCCGACGAGGAAAAAGGAGGCUUCUUCUCUGGCAUCCUCAAAAAACCAGUUAAAACAGCAGAUGAGACACCUGCACAGGACCUUCUCGUGGUUCCCGGCGAGCUUUCAGCCAGCAGCGACAGUCUGUCUGAUAACGGCGACAAAAAGGAGAAAGGAGGAAUAUUCAGCGGGAUGUUUAAGAAGAAAUCAGCCCAAGCUUCUCAAGCUGACAAGGAUGAGAAGUCGCUGCAAACGGAGCCGAGCGGCGGUGCCGAGGCGCCGCCUGAGGACGACAGGAAACAGCACAAAGGAGGCGUUUUCGCUGGAAUGUUCAAGAAGUCUCCCAAACUGUCGGACGCGGCCCGACUGGACGAGGGGAGUCUCUCGGCCAGCGAUGACAGUCUGCACGAAGCCGCCAACGCGAAGGAGAAAGGAGGAGCGUUCAGUGGACUCUUCAAGAAGUCCUCCAGCCCCUCAGACUGUCCCCCAACAGAUGAAGACCGUUCUACUCACGGCGAACUUUCAACCUGCACCGAGAAUUCACCUGAGAACAAACAGGAGAAAAGUGGAGGUUUGUUCAGUGGACUCCUCAAAAAGACUCCCAGAUCCCCGAGGGAAAGGACAAAGUCCCCGGAACGAGAAGCUCAGGACGAGCUGUCGAGCAGCACCGACGAUGUCUCCGAGGGCGUCGCCGCCGCCGCCAAGGAGAGAAACAUUUUCAGCAACAUGUUUAAGAAGCCGCAGAAACCAGCAGAGGAACCUGCAGCAGACGAUGAGGGGAACCCAGAGAAGCAUGUAUCUGGUAGCUGUGAGGAUCUGUCCGACGCCGGCGGCCCAAAGGAGAAGAAAGGCGGCCUGGCCGGAUUCUUCAAAAGGUCGUCCAGCAUCGACAACCUGUUCGACGAGGAGAAAGGAGGUCUCUUCAGUGGACUCGUCAAGAAGGCUCCCAAAGCCUGUGCAGAUGCUGCAGAGGACGACCAAAAAGACCCGUCGGCGAGUAACGACGACCUGUUUGAAAACGGCAACACAAAGGAGAAAAGCAUCUUCAGCGGCAUGUUUAAAAAGAGUGCUAAGCCGGCAGAGGAGACCCCAGCAGACGAGGAGUCAUGUGAUGAUAAGACGCCACCGGGCAGCCGAGAAAAUCUAUCAGAAGGACACGCGUCAAAGGUGAAGGCCGGAGGGCUCGCGGGGAUCUUCAAGAAGUCUCCUAAACCGGCUCAUCGCUCGGUCGCCUCCAACGAUCCUCUCAAUGACUCGAAGGACCUGUCCGCCAGCUGCGACAGCCUCGCCGAGGAUGUUCCCUCGGAAAUGUCGACCAGUAACGACAAUCUCACUGAAGCGACAAACACCCCAAAAGAGAAGAAAGUAGGCUUUGCUGACAAGUUCAAGAAGACGCCCAAAACGCAACAGCAGGAGGACGAGAGCGCCAAGGAGGCAGACGGGCCGCGACGCAGGACGACCGUCAGGAGGAAGAAACGAGUUGUGUCCUUCAGAAUCAAGAAAACUCCUCCAAAAAUACCCAAACUGAGUCAAAGUUCACCGGGUUCUGGAAUGACGCCUUUGACUGAGGAGACUUUUGAGCUGCGGGAGCUGAACUCGGCACCGGAGAGCCGAGUGGAGCACCAGCCCGUCGAGAUGGCAGCUUACCCCACCGAGGGAAACCCUCUGGAGAGCCAGGAUAUUGACGAUGAUUUGAUGGACUGGUGGAACACAGUCAAAGGUUGGGCGGAGUGGAACGAGACGUCACAUUUCCAGGAGGGUGACGAGCAGAUGGCGCUGGAGCAGGCCGCCGAUCGCGUCUACAUGGCGGCCCGCCUGUUCGUGCGCUUCUUCAACCGGCGCGGGGCGUCCCUGCAGCACCGCAUCCUGGAGCUCCUGGCCCUGGCCGACGCGGCGGACGACUUCCACAAGAAGACGGUGAAGGCCGCCGUGGGCGGAGGCGUGGCCAGCGUGGCGGGCAGCCUGGCGACCAUCACCGGGCUCAUCCUGGCGCCCUUCACCUUCGGCGCCUCCAUCAUCGUCACGGCGGUGGGGAUCGGCGUGGCGACGGCGGGCAGCAUCACCUCGGCGACCGCCAACAUCACCGACGCGGUUCACUCCAACAUGGACCGCAAGAAGCUGGAGAAGAUGAUCCAGGGCUACCAGGACGAGAUCAAGGACAUCCGCGAGUGCUUGGACUUUGUGCAGGCCGGUAUGGACACCCUGCAGGAGUGGGACUUUGAGAAAUACUCCGAAAGCGCCGCCAAAAAGGCGCUGAACCACAACCUGAAGCACGUGAUGAAGGAGGGCGGCCGCGCCGGGAAAGCCCUGAUGAUCAACACGGAUAAGCUCAUCAGCACCGUGCAGGUCCUGGGCGCCGCAGGCGGCGCCGCCAAAGCCGCGCAGGCCAUCAGCGUCACCACGGGGGUCAUGUCGGCGCUCUUCCUCGCCCUGGACGUCUUCUUCCUUGCCAAGGACUCCCACGAGCUGCGCAAGGGAGCCAAAACGAAGUUCGCCACCAAGAUCAGGGACGUCUGCAAAGAACUUCAGGACGGCCUCCUGGAGCUGAACAAGGUGAAGACGCAACUGCAGAAGACCAUGGACGGCAUCGAGGUGGAGGAGUACGAGGAGAUCAAGGAGGUGGAGGAGGAGGUGGACGACGACGAUUACGAGUCGGAUCCGAAGAAGCUGGCUGAACUGGAGCAGGAGCUGGACCUCCUGGAGGAGAGACUGGACAAGAAGGUCGACGAGGGGCUGAAGAACAAAGAGAAGGAGAAGGAAAUGUUGAUGAGUAAGGAGGAAAAGGGAGAGGCGGAGGAAAAGAAGGACAAAGAGGAGAAGGUGGAUGCUAAGAACGAGGGAAAGACGGAAAGCCAUAAGCCCAAAAAUGAAUCGCAGAGCAAGAUUCCUGAUGAAGAAAAAGAGCAAGAACAUGAGUUUGUCAAAGCAGCCAAAGAAGAACAACCUCGGAAAGGAAAGAAGGACAAAGACGCUGAGAACCAAGUCACAGCUGGAAAGGAAAAGCAUCACAGCAAGCGAGACCUGGAAAAAGAAGACGACGGAGCCAACAAGAAGGUCGGGAAAAAAACGGGGGAUUCAAAACUAGAGGCCCGAGGGGGAAAAACAUCGGUGAGGACGGGUGGAGAAAGGAACAUGAGUCCGAGUGGCCCGGAGGAGGAGAGCGAGGAGAAGCCCGAGUGGAGGCCGAGGCACAAGGACGCAGCGGCAGGAGGUUCGAGGCCCACCAGGACCGGACAGGGGGGGCGGCCCGAAGCGAAAGGAACCGUCAAGGAGAGAGCUAGAAAGCAAAGUGACAGGACGCGGAGCUCCAGGGGGACGGAGGAGGAGGAGGAG